AUGCUUUAUGAGGUGCCGGGUGAAAAUAACGCGGAAAAGGCCAAGUUACUCGCGGAGGCACUAAAAAAGUCAUUGGAACCCAGGGGGAUCAGGGUUUCGAUCCCGGUAAAGAGGACAGACCUACGGAUAUCCUGUCUGGAGAACUCCACCACGACCGAGGACAUCAAGGCGUCUAUAGCGGAAAAAGGAAACUGCUCCGCAGAAGACGUCAAGAUUGGAAAAAUCUCCAGGUCCCCCAGAAAUGGACUGGGAUCGUGCUGGGUCCAGCUACCAUCGACCGCGGCCAGUAAAGUGACCAAAACAGGUCCAUUAGUUAUCGGCUGGUCUGCGGUCAAGAUAGAGACACUGGAGACUCGUCCCCUCCAGUGUUUCAAUUGCAUGGGGGUGGGCCAUACACGCGCCACCUGCAAAUCAGAGGUAGACCGUAGUGGCCUCUGCUAUCGUUGUGGCCAAAACGGUCACAAGGCUGGCGAUUGCACAGAAAAGCCUUGCUGCCCGUAUUGUAAAGAUAAUGGGCACAAGGCUGAACACAGAUACGGGAGCAAGGCUUGCAACUAUAUCAAACCAACCAAAGGGGGGGUUUAA